AAAUCACGAUAUCAUCCAAUGGCUCAACUGACAGGCAUGUUGACAGUAAUAAUUGCAGGCGGAGGUCCUGGUCAAGGGCUGUGUUCAGAUCGUUACAGCACAAGGGUUUAGAGAGACGUUUUUCAAUACAAAAAUACAUUACAAAACCAGACAGACGUCAACUGGCUGCAACACUUGGACUUACAGAUGCACAAGUCAAGGUAUGGUUUCAAAAUCGUCGAAUGAAGUGGCGACACGCAAAAGAAGUUGAGAAGUCCAGUGACGUUCAAAUAGAUUCCACACACAACGAUAAUCUGAAGCCAUAUCAGCUAUGCAAUGCUUCACGAAGUGGUGACGAAACGAAAAAUACAGAUGAUAAGGAUAUUGACGUGGGAUCUAAUGAAUAG